AUGAGUGAGCGGACCACGAGCAACUGGAGCCCAGGCAGCUGGGUGCUAGCGCUGUGCCUGGCCUGGCUGUGGACACGGCUGGCCUCUGCUUCCUUGCAGCCUCCCACAGCCACAGUCCUGGUAAAGCAGGGCACCUGUGAGGUGAUCUCCGCGCAUCGCUGCUGCAACCGCAACCGCAUCGAGGAGCGCUCCCAGACGGUCAAGUGUGCCUGCCUCUCUGGCCAGGUGGCGGGCACUACAAGGGCAAAGCCCUCCUGCGUGGACGCUGCCAUCGUCUUGCAGAAGUGGUGGUGUCAGAUGGAACCCUGCCUGCUGGGGGAGGAGUGCAAGGUGCUCCCGGACCUGUCAGGGUGGAGCUGCAGCAGUGGACACAAGGUCAAAACCACCAAGGUCACACGAUAACCCUCGGGGUCAUGGCUUAGACAGGACAGUCUGGAUUGUCUUGAUUGUCU